AUGACAGCUUGUAGUCGUUCAUACAGUCGCAUACUUUUGUAUAGUCUGACACUGGUGUUGCACGUGUCCAACAAAGUCGUUAUAGACGCGAGACACAACGAGAUAUCCGAGAAUCCAGAUAUAAAAGCGUACUAUCCGCUACGUAACAGGUUCUUCACGGGGUGGAUUGUUUUCCUACACAUGGUUUAUUCUGGUAUUGGACUAAUUUGUGAGAGUUUAAAAAUAAAGCAUUCUUCUAACGAAGAAUAUGAACUACCGAAAUAUUUGAAGAGGUUCAGAGAUUUCUUGUUUAGUGUAUUCAUAUGGCCAUCUACUUGGGUGGUGUUUCUUGUGUUCUGGGUAUUGUACUACUACAAUAGACAUCUAGUGUGUCCACUCUUCGUGGACAAACUUGUGUCUUCCAAUUCCAACCACAUCAUGCACACAUUCAUUUUACCCUUUGCGCUUUUGGAGCUGGUACUCUAUACGUACAAUCAAGACGGGGUAUGGCUCUAUCCAAUAUUUAAGGUGAUGUACGGAACCGUAUACUUUCCUAUGAUACCUAUAACGGUAUACAUUGUCAUCUUGACAGCUUACUACGCGCAGUGGAGCGAUAAGAAAAAACCAGAGCUUGAUGAUACAAAACUGUCACUAUUUCCAGAUUCAACAGAGAUAACAAAGUCUGAAUAA